CGACGUGCGACGAAAACUCGUGUCAAGUUAAGUUGGGAGAAUAAUGAAUUAGCGCAUGAUCUUGGAUCGCAAGAGGACAUGCUGGUUGGCAUGACGGAGGACAAUCGACACGUAUCUUCUGCACAUUUCAUAAUUAUACUCGUCGUUUUCAAGUGAUGUGCGGGCCGACCAUAGGUUUUGACAGGUCAAUACUGUGAGUGUGUCAAAGCUUGCAGUUCAUGUGUGUCGGUCAACAGCGCAAAGUGUAGUGACCAAUGUAAUUAAUGACUUACGUUUCUAUAUUCAGGAAUAAGGUAGCUGGCCAUAGGUUGACAUCUGAAGAUGGGUGCUACGUUCUUAUUUCAAGCAAGAUUGUGCCUUUAUGGUCUUAGCCAAAGUUCAGGGAUAAUUCAUCAGGGGAAAAUGUGUGCACGAACUAUGUGCACUAAAGGCAUUAAACCUGGGGAACGAAAAAGCCCCCCCAGGAAAAAUGAUACAACUAUCAGACAAACAGAAAGCUUCAAGGUCAGACAGAUGCCUUCCUUCCCAACGUCGGUGUUCGCUGCUGGUAACGCUAAGAGGACAACAGAGAUGCUGAAGAGAAAGACUGCUCUUGCAUCCCUGGAGCAGGAGGAUGCGGCAGGGGACCAGCCCAGAAGAAGAGGAUUCAAAACAGAUGGGCUGGUGGCCCCUGAUCGACCCCUCUCCCCCACCGAGUGGAAGAAGCAGCUGGAGGAGGCGCCGUGCAGUCCGGAGCGCUUUGACGUGCAUAUGAUGACGUUACUGUUCAAGACCGGGGCAGAGCUAGACAUUGCCAAGUCUCUGUUGACCUUUGUGGCCUUGGAGACGGGGACGAUGUCCUACCAGCUGCUGCUGCAGUACCUGACGCUGUGUGUGAAGGGGGGGCACGACGCAGAGGCCCUGGACUGCUACCAGAUCAUGCGGGGGGCCUUCCCGGCGCUGGAGACGGGGGCCUCCAGCCUCUUCAUCAAGGCCUUCAGCCGCACAGAGAGCUGGAGAGAGGCCCUGCCCAUCCUGAGAGACAUGAAGAAGGUCAUCGCCCCGUCGACGCGCAACUACAGCGACAUCAUCAGCGGGGCCCUGCUGCACGGCGCCGCCGCCCCGGCCUGGCAGCUCUACGACGAGGUCCUGGGGGAGGGCCUGACCCCGCUGCCGGACACCUGGCGGGCGCUGUUCGAGGGAGGGGCGAGGGGCGGCCGUGCGGAGGACGAGGAGGGCAUGUCCCCGGCGGAGUACGGAGAGAGAUUGCUGGGCGUUCUGGGCUACAUGAGGGACAACCAGGUGUACCCCGAGCGGAACCUCGCAGACGCCAUCAAGACCUGGUUCCACAGCCUUCCCGGGCACCAUUGGAGAGGAGAAUGGACCACAGUAUCACCAAAAGGUGUGUGCAAGGGGUGUGGGUCCGAGUUGGAGUCCAUCCAGCUCACCCCAGAGGAGUACACGCACCUCGAGGCCCGCGUCAUGGCUGACAUCAUCCAGGGGAAGGACGUCUUCCAGAAGACCACAGCCGAGGAGCUGGAGAGCUUCAAAGCCUUUGUGAAGAGGAAGCCGGUGUUUGACGUGGUCGUGGAUGGUCUGAAUGUCGCAAACAUCGUCAAGGGAAGGCAGUCUGAAAUGCUACUGGCGGUGGUGUGUGAGCUGGAGCGGCAGGGUCUGACCUCCCUGGUGCUGGGGAGGAAACACAUGCUGCGGCCCUCCGCCUCCUGGGACCGCCGCAACAUGGGCCUCAUCCAGAAGAAGGCCCACUGCUUCUUCACCGAGAACACCUCGGAGGACGACCCCUUCCUGCUGUACGCCACGCUGCAUUCUGGGAACCACUGCCGCUUCCUGAGCCGCGACCUGAUGCGCGACCACAAGGCCUGCCUCCCCGACGCCCUCACCAGGAGGCUCUUCUUCAAGUGGCAGCGCGGGCACCAGAUGGUCAUCCACGGCACCGUGGCCCAGGGCCGGCGGGUGGGCUUCCAGAUGAUUUCACCCUAUGACACCAUAGUCCAGAGCACUGGGGUCUCGUGGCACGUCCCGUACGAUGACUCUGUAGACAGGAGCAGCUACGAAGUGCCGCAGAGUUGGCUGUGUCUGACCAACAAGCCCUGAAGGGAUCUGGACAGGCACCUCAGUCCACCACCAUGUUGUUCCAUCUUAUCAUGUUCUCCAUUUGAUUUGAUUUGACGGGUCCUUUCUUUGCGUUUUCCUUUGUAACAGACGGAGGUGUUUACGCAGUAUUCUGAUGUUUACCCUUAAGUUAAUAUGUAAAUAAAAUGAACAAUUCUGCCAUGUU